AUGCAAAUAAAACGAGCGCUUCAGGAAGCCGAAUUUAUGAAACGGAGUAGUCGUAGCGAUGCCGUCGAGAUCAGGGCUUUUGGAAACGAGUGCGGACAGGCCGCUCCCGCGCGGAUUAACUCAUCUCCAUCCAUCCCCGGCUUCGUUUUUUGGGCUUCCGGGCAUGGACGGCAGAAAUGGCCUCUUCACACGUCUCCACAGGGGAUAAACUCCCGAAUCUGGAGUCGAAACUCUCCAGGGGAACAACAAAACGGGCGAUCCGCUUUUCGCCGAGCCAAGUCAACUUGA